CCCCUAGAGCUAGUUUCAUUUCUCUCUCCUCAGGAGCCAUCCUGAAACUGUUUUCUUCCUUGAAGGCGUCUGGAGAGGAUCUCGAUGGCCGAGCUGCAGCCCCUGGCCGAUGAGCUGACCUGCUCCAUCUGCCUGGAGAUCUUCCAGCAGCCCGUGACUACCCCGUGCGGCCACAACUUUUGCUUGCCCUGCCUGGACAAGACGUGGACCGGCCAGAGCUUCCAAUUCUACUGCCCCCAGUGCCGAGAACCCUUCCAGAAGAGGCCACAGCUGAAGAAGAACACGGUGCUGUGCGCACUGGUGGAACAGCUACAGCAAGUUAAGAUCCACAGGGAUUUGGGGCAGCCCCACAGUGCGUCCCAAGAUGGCGAGCCCUUGGACCCGCAGUCGAGGAAGGGGGACCAGGCGAAGGAUGAGAUGGUUGGGAUCGUGGCCUGUGACUACUGCUUCCAGGCUCCUGCGGCCAAGACGUGCUUCACCUGCAUGGCGUCCUUCUGCCAGGAGCACCUGCGUCCGCAUCUGGACAACCCCACGUUCCACGGCCACGAGCUGCAAUCGCCCGUCGGGGACCUGGCCCGUCGCAAGUGCCCUGAGCACGGCCGCUUGCGGGAGUUCUUCUGCUCUCAGCACGGCGUCAGCAUCUGCUGCAUCUGCCUGGUGGGGCACAAGACCUGCUCCCCGGUGGCCCUGGACGUGGCCAGGACCGAGCUGAAGUCCAAGAUGAAGCAGAAGCUGACAGUCAUAUAUGAUCAUAUCAAUAUGGCUUCAAGUGCCUUGAGAGAUGUAAAGUUGAAACAACGUGCAGUCCAGGAUACAGCAGCUAGAAAGAUGGACUUGUUGAAACAUGAAUAUGAAGAAAUGAAAGCCCUCAUCGAAUCAGAAGAGAAGAGUUCUCUGAGGAAGCUGAAAGAGGAAGAAAAGAGAGUUUUGGACAAAUAUGACCAUGUUCAUCAGGUCCUGCAAAAGAAAAAGGGGGAAAUUGAGUCUAUAAAAGAAGAGAUUGAACUUUUGCUCACAAAAAAUGAUGAGAUUGCCUUUUUGGAGAAAGCCUCGAAGCUGCAAGAACUUGUCAUCAAGGCUGUGUACGUACCAAAGAAUGAUUUAGACCAAGAGAUGAUCCACAGUGUUUAUCAAAAUGCCUACUCCCUUAAAGACGUUUUAAAACAUGAAAUAAACAACCUUCAAGAGAAGAAAACAGAGGAAGCUACUAGCCCAGAUGAAUCUGGAAAACCUUCAUCUUUCUUUGGACCAACAUAUCCCAAUAGAGAUUAUCGCCAAACAAGACGGCUGCCCAGGGACAAGCCAGGGGACAAACCACAGCCCAAGCCACAGAGGCAGCAGCAGGAGAAAAGUAGAGUUACAGAUGAGACUACAGAAAAAGCCAAAGCCUUACCAAAGAAUUCACCAAAUCGGAAGAUACAAGUACUAGAGGCCUUCUUGGCAAAAUCCAGACCAGAGCUUUUGCAGUAUGCUACUCAAGUGAUUCUGGACUGCAACACCGCCAACUACAAAGUGGCUUUGUCAGAUAACAACACUGUAGCGUCCGUGGCCAGUGUCCCUCAGCCCUACCCGCCCCACCCUCAGAGAUUCACCUACUGCUCUCAGGUGCUUGGCCUGCAGGGUUACAAGUCAGGAGUCCAUUACUGGGAGGUGGAGCUGCAGAAGAACACCUUUUGUGGCAUUGGCAUCUGCUAUGGGAGCAUGGAUCGUCAGGGUUCUGACAGCCGACUGGGCCGCAACAGCUCCUCUUGGUGCGUGGAGUGGUUCAACACCAAGAUCUCCACUUGGCACAACGAUGUGGAGAAAAACCUGCCCCUCACCAAGGCCACCAGGAUUGGCGUGCUCCUGAAUUAUGAUGACGGCUUUGUCAUUUUCUUCGCCAUCACAGACAAAGUUAACCUUAUCUAUAAGUACAAGGCACAGUUUUUGGAAGCACUGUACCCCGCCUUCUGGGUAUUCUCCAGUGGUACCACUCUAUCUAUCUGCCCACUGAAAUAGGAAAUAGUUUUACUUAAAGGGUGGGACCUAGUGUUCACAGUCCAUCCAACUCAGGUUACAUCCUGUCUUGAGUUCAAAUAACUAUCCUCUGAGCUAAGGCUGUCUGGUUAUAGGAGAAGCAACCUGCUCCCAUACCAUGAUGGCAUUCUUCUUUGAAUCAUUUUGCAGGUAUUUCUGUGUGAGGUUGGGAAGUGGAUUUGGGAAGGGGAAAAACAUUCAUGUUGAUAGUGGGGGAGGAUGGCACUUAGGGUUCAGUUAAGCUGAAUUUUAAGGCCUAAAAUCACAUUGUGUUUAGGUAAGGUGACCUCUCAAAGUUGUACCGGCCAGUGCUGGUAAUACCAGGCCAUUGGGCAGUUCACAAAGACUUAGAUCAAUGCUAACCCAACCUCUGGAAAAGUAUAAGUAGUACAGGUUGUCCUACUGGGCUGCACCCUGAGGGUUGGGUUUAGCUUAUGUGGUAUAACCCUGCCAUCCUUCCUUUCUCCUUCCAACCCUAACUCUCAUGAUCAUCUUCAUCUCUUUGAUUUUUUUGAAAAAGCGAUGUAGAAAGAGAAGCAUUUGAGAUUGGGACCUUGAUGCCAAUCUCUUUCCCCAUCCCCUCCAACCCCAGUAAUUUUAAUUCAUAAGCCAAAAAAUUUCAAGAGCUUUGCUGACUAGUCACGUACUGCUGUUGUAGUAAAUUAUAGUAACUUGGUAUUGCAUAGGGAAGAGGAGGCUAUCUAUUUUCACGUCCUAAGAGAAGAAAUUCUUCAAUAAUUCUUUACCGAGGAUCAAAAUUUUUAAAAAGAAAUCAUUCUUUUUUUUUUUUUUAGUCUUUGUAGAGGGAAAAAAAAUAUCCCUGUAGGUAAUUUCUAAAACUUUUCCUUUCCAAGGACAUAUCAGGGUCUUAGAUAUGGCUCCAAAAGGGAUUAUAAUGAUCAUUUAGCCUAGCCCCUUCAUUUUCUAGAUAAACUGGGAUGCAGUUAAUCUAUUACCUGCUCAAGGUCACACAGGCCAUGAACUGAGCAAGAACUGGAACCCUGAUUCUAUUUCUCUAAACCCUGUACUCUAAUGCCAGAGCAGGCAGAAUUAGAUCCUUUGUCACUGUAUGUGACCUCCUAAGAUGAGAAUAUUAUUUUUCUUUCUGACUGCCCAGAGCAUCCCUUAUCCAAUCCAAGGCUCAGAGUCAGGUCCCAAAUGAGCUAAUGGGCUGUGGAGGGGAUGGUCUCUGACUUUGAAUAAGCCAGUCCCCAGCUUCUGAGUUCUCAGUCAAGCCUCAUCAUUUGGGGAAGCUUUGACUACCACUCCCUCGCCUAAAAGGCUCACGGUUGCUACAGCGGACCGAGACCUUUCCUGUCAUGGCACAUGUUUACAGGAGGAGAAAUAGCACUGGUGUUGAUCCAGGCUCUUGGAAGCUCAUUAAUCUUCCCUCCUCCCCUCUAACCUGAGUUUGUUUAACAUGAUAACCAUGGCUUUGCCGAUGUUCUUCAUCUCUUUUGUUUGUGAAUAACUCUUUUUUUGUCUCUAUUAUCUCAGUGGACUAAUGAGUUAUUGGCAAUAUGUAGACGCAAUUGGUCUUGGAAAAAAACCAGGUAUGUACAAUGUCUGAAUCUUCCAUGUGAUUGUGUCUCUAAGAGAGUGCAUCCUAGUGAUGUUGGGAUGCUAGACAAGAACAUGUACUUAAAACUUCAAACUAGACGCGCCCCCCCAAAAAAA